AUGGAUGUGACUUCGGAGAAAGAACUGGAAAAUAUUAUAAACGAAACGAUCUGCUCAAUCUGUCUCGAGUUUUACACGGAGCCGGUGAUGAUAGACUGUGGCCACAACUUCUGCAAACAAUGCAUCCUUGAUUACUGGGAGAAACAGAAAGGCAAUAUCACCUGCCCCAAAUGCCGGCAGCAGUUUACCCAGCCAAACACUAGGCUCAACCGCUUCGCGGCGAGCAUGGUGGAGAGCGUCCGCAAGCUGACCGCGAAGCCCAGGGAGAGCGAAGACAUCCGCUGCUCCCAGCACGACGAGAAGCUCAAGCUCUUCUGCGAGAGCGACAAAUUGGCCGUCUGCGUGGUUUGCGCCGUUUCCCAAGAGCACAAGGACCACAAGAUCAGCCCCCUGAAGGACGUGACCGAAGUCUACAGGGGAAAACUGCAGACUGCCUUGGAAUUUCUGAAUAAGCAAGUGGAUGAAAUAUCCAACUGUCAAGUCAGUCAACAGACCAACAUCGCGGAGCUGAAGAAACAAGCCGACGACAUGCGGAAGAACAUUGAGUCGGAAUUUGCCAAGCUCAGGCAGUUUCUGCGUGAGGAGGAGAAGCUGGUGAUGGGGAAGAUUAAGCAGAGGGAAGAUGGUGUCUUGCAGCAGCUGGAGGAGAACCUGAAGGCAGUGUCGGUGGAAAACGCGCUGAUGAACCAGCGAAUUUCGGAAAUUCAGAGGAGGAUGACCCUUCAGGAAGCAGAACUGCUGAAGGACAUAAAAUUGAUACUUGAAAGUGCAGAGAUGCCAUACACCAGACCCACGGAAGUACGCAUUGACCUCAGUCAACGUGAGCCCAUCGGACCUUUACAGUACACAGUGUGGAGGCGAAUGCUGAAAGUUAUCAAUCCAGUUCCAGCCUCGCUGACCCUGGACCCGCAGACGGCGCACCCCCGCCUCAUCCUGUCCGAUGAUGACACCCAGGUGAGGCGUGGUGAAUGGAGGAAGGUGCCUGACCUCCCCGAGCGCUUCAACUUUCUGCUCAGCGUAUUGGCGUCGCAGGGAUUCACCUCAGGCCGCCACUACUGGGAGAUAGAUGUGAGCAGCAACACGGCUUGGGACGUGGGCGCUGCCAAGUCCUCGGUGACCAGGAAGGCCAUUCCGCAGAAUGGCAUCUGGGCAGUGGGACUGUGGGACAAGGAGUACAGUGCCUUCACCAGUCCCCGCACCUCACUGUCGCUGGCCGAGGGCCCGAAGCGGCUGGGCAUUUACCUGGAUUACGAGGAGGGCCAGAUCUCCUUCUACAACGCCAUCACCAUGGAUCACAUCUACACCUUCUCUGACAAGUUUACCGAGGCCAUCCACCCCUACUUCAGCACAGAGUGCAAAAUCAGCCCACUGAAGCUGGUCACAGUCCAGAUCUAGAAUGAGAGCCAAUUCAGACUGAUACUCCCCAAAGGGGACACUUUCACAUGGGGAGAUAGUGGAGGGUGGUGCAGUGGGCAAAUGCACCAGAUCUACGCGCGAAAGGGGAAAGUGUGCCUUCUGGUAUUUUCAGCUGAUGGAACCGUACACCCCACCAAUGCUUCCUACUCUUUCUCAGAGCGUCCCUUGUGCUGGGACUGAACCUGCAUCCAGGAUGAGUUAGCGUUGUAUCAGUCAUUAAGAAUCCAAACACGGACGGCCCAACAUUACGACGGUUGCUGCACCCCUGGAAAAUAACCUGCAUUGUGAUCUUCUGCAGCGUGAAGGCUCACAUCUGAGCAGGCAACAGGAACCAAAAAACAAACAUAAACACAAGAGAUUCUGCAGAUGCUGGAAAUCCUUCAAUAAUUCCAAAAGACUGAAGUAGGGUAAAUACUGAAAGACUUUUAUUCACAGUAAGACGUGACCUCCAUGCUGAGU